UUUUUCUCUCUCUCUCUCUCUUUAUAAUAUGGAUUUAAGCGAAAACUAUUCUCAAUCGAUUGAUGAUAUUCAUUGUGAUGAUAAAAUUAAUCGCCUGAUAACAGAUUUGUUUUCAUAUGACGACUUGAAAAGACGGCGUAUACUUGAUCAUUAUUAUUUACCGAAUGCUCUUUUUACUUCCCCUAUAUUAAAGACAACAGGCAUUCAUAAUAUUAAGCACGUAUUUUUGGUCUGGAAGGCAUUAAACAAGGUUCCACCAAAGAUUACAAACAUAUGCUUUAAUGGCAAGACUUGUGUCGUCUUUUUAACACAAACAUUGUGUCCUAGAAUGUUUCCUUGGAUUCAAGUUUUAUUGCCAGUAACAGUCAUACUAGAUUUCAAAGAGACAGAUAUAGAUAGUGGUCUAUUAAAGAUAGAAACCCAUCAAGAACAUUGGACAAUAGAAGGUAUAUUAAAGACGAUACCAUUUGUGUCAUUCUGGUAUGAUCAUGUGGUACGAACAAUGGUUGGUAGGCUGUUAUGUACAACGGGAGAAGCAGUCUAUACUGCAACAGAAACUGCAAGUCUGCUUGUUAUGCGAAGUAGAGAAAUAGAAGAAGCAAGGAAAAGACUUGAGUCUAGAAGUUAUAAUUCGCACUCAUUUCGACUAGAACAAGAAGGUAGUGAAGAAGUCAUGAUGCUCAGAAUUAAAAACACAACCUCUUAUUCUUCCAAUGCGUCUACGACAACAUCUAUUCCACAGAAAGAAGGGAAAAAACAUCAGACAUCUUAAGUAUAUACGAUAGAGUUUAUGUUUGUGACUUUUUUCUAUGCAUAAAAGUAAUUUUGCCACUAGCUU